AUGGACAAAAAACACACGGUCGAAACCAUCAAAGAAGAAACUAUACUCUUUCUCCUCACUCCUCCUCCUCCCCGCGCCCCAAUCAACAGACUCGAAGGGUGAGUCCGCUCACUCUGGCGGCCUAUAAUAUUCGUUCCCUUUUAGACAGUGUGAGGAGCGACAAACAAAACGGAGGAUGACGCUAGUGGCUCGGGAAGUGGCGGGCUACAAGGUGGACAUUGCGGCACUCAGUUAGACGCGGCUCUCCGAACAAUAUAAACUGAAGGAAGUGAGUGUCGGCCACAACUUCUUCUGGAGCUGUCGUCCCAAGGCAGAACGACGCGAUGCUGGCGUCGCCUUUGCCAUCCGGAACGACAUAGUGGGACGACUGCCCUGUCUGCCGCAGGGCAUCAACAAUCGCCUGAUGAACCUCCGUCUGCCUCUCCAAGGAGGCAAAUUCGCCAACAUCGUCAGUACCUACACUCCCUCGAUGGCCAGCCCGGCGACUGCAAGGAACAAAUUCUACGAGGGCCUGAACGCUGUCCUGGCGAUUGUGCCGAAGGCGGACGAGUUAAGUGUCCUUGGUGAUCUCAACGCCCGCGUCGCCACAGACCAUGCGACAUGGAGAGGAGAGGUUUCGACGUCUCCAAUGACAAUAGCCUGCCCCUCCAACGAACAUACGCAGAACACCGUCUCAUCUUGA